CCCCGUGUUACACGGAUACAGUUGACCGUCAAUAGGGCGAGUCAUCCUGCAGGAAUGAGGAAACGUCUCCGCCUGAUGAUUCCUUGCUAAAAACGACAGCAAACCGUUCGACAUGUCCGCUUCUGGUGUUCAAAAAGAGUUGAGGGUGGUCGUCCUGGGCCGCAACGGCACCGGAGGGCGGGCGACGGUCUGCAGCAUCUUAGGCCUGCAAGACACAAAUCAGGGAAAUGAAGAUCCAGACACUAAUGGCUGUUGUAAAUACAGAGGAGAAGCCGCAGGGAGACAGGUGCUGGUUGUCUCCAGUGCCGAUUGGUUCAGUUCAGACCUCGACCCAGAGGAAAGAAGAAGACACAUCUCCUCCUUGAUUACUUUAUCCAGCCCGGGGCCGCAUGCAUUUUUGUUGUGUGUCCCUGUGAACGAAGCAGCUGACGGAGAAACCAAAGCACUCGACGUCCUGGAGAAACUGUUAGGCCCCUCCUCGGUCAGCAGAAACACCAUCAUCCUCUUCACCAACAUGGAAGAGCUGGAAGAGGAGGAGACGCUGGAGGAUUACCUCAUCACGUGGCGUAAGGACCUCCGUACGCUCUUGGAAAGAUGUGGCGGUCGAUAUCACACCUUGGAGAACCAGAGUGAAGAACCGAAGGCGAGCGAAGCUGUUGAAAAUCUGCUAAACAAAGUUGAACAGGUCGUGGAAGAGAGUGAAGACCAGCACUUCAGCUGCCCUCUUUACCAGGAGGUUAGUGAACAAGUGAAGAAGAGGCAGCUGGAACUAGUGAGACAGAGGAGGGAGGAAGCACAUGAUGAUCCCUCAUCUCUUGUAGACUCAGAGGUGACUGAUGAAGACAUAGAGGAAGUCCUGGAAGAGGCAGAAGGAAGCAUAGGAGACCUAAAUAUGGAUUUAGAUCAUAUUUUCCCCUCUUCCAGCAUCUCACCUUCCUCUCCUGCUGCCUCUUCUGUCCGAGGCUUGUGGGAGAAGUUGGUGGGAUGGUUGACAUGGCUGCCUACUAUGGUGAGAAGGGAGGCCUUGCUCGGGGCUCUCGUCGGGCUCUUUGUUGGUGGGCCCAUUGGAGGCAUGGUGGGUGCCACUGUGGGCUCAGUGGCUACUGAAGUGGGUAGGAGAAAAACACAGAAAACAAAAUAAUCAUUCAAAUAACAGUAGACAUUGCCAAAAAACGUAUUAUGCCUUAAGUUGCACCUUGAAGUCAUUUCACAGCUAAGCUAAUAGCUCACGUUACCUGCUGCAGCAUGAAAACUGUUUUUUAACGACACACUGAAUGAAUCAAAUGCUUUAUUAACUGUGAUAAAAGCAAUUAAUAAAAGCAAUGUGGUUGGCCUUG